AUGUUUCCGCGCUCGCCGUCGCGGGCAGAGACGGCCACGCUCAUCGUCCCUCUACUACCGACAGUCUUGGCUUUCUUUCUCCGCCUCGACCUCUCCUACUCUCCCGUCUCAACGGACCUGACGCUGUUCCUCUCGCCAUGGGCCGUCCCACUCGACUUUGGUGACCUCGUCUCUCGUCUCCUCCAGCUCGGCCUCAUCCCCUACACACUUCCCCCAUUGCCUUGGCUGUGGGCGGCCACGUCGACUGCUGCCCUGCUCCGCGCCCCGCUCGGCUUCCUCCUCACGAGGAGUGUGGGUUGGGCAGCUCCGGUGUUCUUCUCCCACCGGGCACUUUAUGAGCCCAUGACGGGAUGGGGGCCAGGGCUCGUCGUGUGGCAGGCCAUGGAUCCGGUGCACGAGUGGAGCCUCGCUGCCGCUGCUGGGUUUGCGCUCCUCGAACGUCGGCCAUGGACAUACGCCGUCACGCUCGGAGUGGCGAUGGGCGUCCUCGUGCUCCGCGCUGCCUUGCCAACAGUACAAGAACGACUCGUCGAGAAGCCUCGCCAGGGGCCACUGCGCACUCAGCUCGCUGCUCUCGCUCUUGCCGCGCUCGUCCUCCCGCUCUUCUCCCUGCUUCGUCCUCCACUCCGGCUGCCCUUUCCCGCCACGUCUCUCGACGUGCUCAUCCUCUCUUUCCCCCGUCCUCAGAACGGGGACAUCAUCCUCCAAAAGACCGUCGACAGCUAUGCCCCCUUCCUAAACGAAAUGAUUACGCUGAACGGCUUCACACACUCGACCGACCAUGCCGCCUUCGCAGCCCUGAGGGAGCAGGGGUACAACUUCUACGUCGACGAGGAUCAGCACCCCGACGAUGAAUGGGGUCAUUACCUCCAUCUCGCAGAGGCGUUCCGCUGGGCCGAGGACACGCUGAGGGGCGAAUGGGUCAUGCUCGCGGAGGACGACUUCCCCCUCUGUCCCGGGGCCUGGGAUGUUAUCUCGACCGUCAUGGCCGAACUCGAGUCUGAGCGUGAAGUGGGGCGCAUCCGGGCCGGGUUCAUCGGGACCGGCGGCAGCGGGUUGAUCAUGCACCGCAGCUAUCUGCCGCUGCUCCAGGUCGUGCUGAGGGAGUACUCGCGGAGUGCCUCACGCUUACCGCCGGGUGUCCACCGCCGCGCGCCGGAUCAAGUUGUUCAGGACUGCCUCCGAGGAACGCCGGGAAGCCUGUGCGAGAGGAGAGACGAGCAGAGAAUGAUCAUCUCGUCGAGGAUCGUCAUGGACCAUAUUGGGGGCAUGGCGACCACGACCGAGGGCAAGGCGCUCAACUCGGACAAGUGGCGGUGCGGGUGGAGACAUGCGUGGCAUGGGGCCGCUGAUGUCGAUGUUGUCGUGGUCUAG